AUUGGAUCUGUAUUCAAAUCGUUCGUAUCCUCAACUUUUGCACUUUGUUGGUUAGAGUGUGAACAAGACGAACGAUGUAGGAGUUUGAACUAUCACAUGACAACAGCARCAUGUGAGCUGAACGAGAAAACAAAGAACUCUCAACCAGAGAACUACAAGAGCAAGAGUAACAGCAUCUACUGCCCUUGGACACUCUCUGACAGGCCAUUUUGGGAAAAAGUCAACGCUAAUCCUGUUUGUUUUGGGGCAAGAGACGACACAUUUGGCAGUUUUCUGAUCAACGUAACGCGCGGAUUGAUCAACGAGGUAAAACUGGUCCAUUUGUCUGGAGGUGUAACUUGCAAGAAAGGACAAUUGAGCAAUUGGGGAUGUGGCGACGGGCUAGCUACUGUAUUCACAGACAAAAGCAACAACAGGCUCGCUCCUAAGGGUCGCUGGAUCGUGGAUUGRAGUAAGUUGGUGUUCAAAAUUCCAAGUUAUGAUCCCUUUAUUUCAGCAAAGCUUAAGAUGAAGUUGAGAACAUCUAUCAACAUAACCGCUGGUCAAGAGUAUCGCUUGUGGUACGGCGAAGAUUUCAAAAAUGUUUCGGAAGGUGAUAACAGUGGUACUGCCUGUGUGGACGUCCACAUGUACGGACUGUAUUAAAAGCCCAUUGUGGUACUGCACGUACGGCUUUUCCUAACUUAUUUAAACA